CGUUUGGUGUCAGAGAACAGUCCACGAUGAAUGCAUGAAAAACACCUUAAAGAAUGAAAAGUGUGAUUUUGGAGAAUUCAGAAACAUCAUCAUUCCCCCAGGCUACCUAACCGCCAUCAAUCAGAUGCGCAAAGCCAAAAAAACAGAUUAUGAAAUGCUAGCCUCGAAGCUUGGGAAGCAGUGGGCCCCCUUAAUCAUCCUGGCCAACUCCCGAAGCGGAGCUAACCUGGGAGAAGGACUGUUGGGAGAACUUAGGACCCUGUUAAAUCCAGUCCAGGUUUUUGAUGUGACUAAAACUCCCCCCAUCAAAGCCCUCCAGCUGUGUACUCUGCUUCCCCGUUAUUCAGCUCGAGUGCUUGUUUGUGGAGGGGAUGGGACCGUGGGCUGGGUCCUGGAUGCAGUGGAUGAAAUGAAGAUUAAGGGACAAGAAAAAUACAUUCCACAGGUUGCAAUCUUGCCUCUGGGAACAGGCAACGAUCUGUCUAACACAUUGGGUUGGGGCACAGGCUAUGCUGGGGAAAUCCCUGUGGCACAAGUCUUAAGAAAUGUAAUGGAAGCAGAUGGCAUUAAACUCGAUCGAUGGAAAGUUCAGGUAACAAAUAAAGGAUACUACAAUUUAAGAAAGCCCAAGGAGUUCACAAUGAACAACUAUUUUUCUGUUGGACCUGAUGCGCUCAUGGCUCUCAAUUUCCAUGCCCAUCGGGAGAAGGCACCCUCUCUGUUUUCUAGCAGAAUUCUUAACAAGGCUGUCUACUUAUUCUAUGGGACCAGAGACUGUUUGGUGCAAGAAUGUAAAGACUUGAAUAAAAAAGUUGAGCUAGAGCUGGAUGGUGAGCGUGUGGACCUGCCGAAUCUGGAAGGCAUCAUCGUUCUGAACAUCGGCUACUGGGGCGGUGGCUGCCGCCUCUGGGAAGGCAUGGGGGAUGAGACCUACCCCCUAGCCAGACAUGAUGAUGGUUUACUGGAGGUUGUCGGAGUGUAUGGGUCUUUCCACUGUGCUCAGAUCCAGGUGAAGCUGGCCAAUCCUUUUCGAAUAGGACAAGCCCACACAGUACGGCUGAUUUUAAAGUGCUCCAUGAUGCCGAUGCAGGUAGACGGGGAGCCGUGGGCACAGGGGCCCUGCACGGUCACCAUAACCCACAAGACGCACGCGCUGAUGCUGUACUUCUCUGGAGAGCAGACGGAUGACGAGGGCUCUAGUGCUUCGGACCCAGAGGACCUAAAGGAAGCUGAAUAGACGGCUGGCGAAACAGAAACUCGCUCUGGAGUCUACUCAACAAGCACACGCUCCUGUCUUAGUGUCGGCAGCAGGGUCAUGGGUAUACAUGUCAUGUAAAUAGCAUUCCCCAAACAGCCAAACUUUCCAGUGACUGAUAACAGCCUGCACCUUUUUCAGCAGAAUGUCUUGGUUGUAUAGGACCAGCUUUUAAAUAGGAAGAGCUGCACUGAAGUAAAACGUGGCCCGUGGUUCUGCUUUAAGAGUGGGACCCACUCAGAAGUAUCCACAGCUCGCUGCUUGCUCGAGAGCCAGACCCUGCGUGGACACGUCUACAGCCAGCCAAGCGUGGCUGGCAAGCCGCUCCAUUGUGCUGACCCGUAGCGCAGUGGUUCUCAACCUCCUCGUGCCGCGACUCUUUCAUACAGUUCCUCAUGUUGGGG